CUCUUGUUCUGGCUUUUGCGUAUUAUAGACUUGAAGAUGUGGUCCUUCCUCUACCUCUUGCUCAUCCGGCAGACCAUAAGACGCUUCCUUUCCGUCGCUCUCUUCACUGUCGUUAUGCCUAUCCUCAUCCACGAAUGCCCCGAAUUUGUUCGCAACAGCAAUCAUGGGACGAGAC